AUGAUAACACUUUCGGCUCCAAUCUUCACAACACUGCCGUACGUUGUUGUGCUGCUUCUGCCGUUAUCCAGUUUGAGACUAUUUGAGCCAUUCCGGAAGAGCUCGACCACUGCAGACAACGCUAAAAUGGUGGGAGAAGACGAUCACCCCUCUACAAUCUCACGGACGAUUCAGCGCGGCCUCGUGUUCCAAUUAACCGAGUUAUUGGCCGUGUAUGUACUGCUCCACCACGUCACGUCGGCCAUGUUCAUCCCGGGUUCGUUGAGCGCGUCCACAACUUGCAACAGCUUUGUACCGCAAAUACUCGCACUAGGAGCGUUCAUUUGUUACUUCGGGCCGUUUGUGGUGCUCUACUACUUUGCUCGCUAUCGAGACCACAUCAUGAUGCAGACCGGAGCCUUCCAGGAGAGUGACCACGCUAGAAACUUCGAACGAAACACAACAGUCGACUCCUCGUUGCGCUCUACCAAGCAAGUAAUGGCGGUAGUUCGUACCCGACUCUACCAUGCGACGCGUCGAGAGUACGGCUUUGACUUAACUGCACUCGACAAGUUUGGUCGCGUUCGGUUCUCGACCGGAAGCUUCUUCUGGUACUUCUAUCGGUUCUUGGUCAAACGUCCGAGUAAUAGCAACGACGACAAGUCUGUGUCGAUCUUCCACUCUACGCUGGUCACACCACUGCAUUGCGCUGUGGCUACGGGGCAACUAGAAACAGUUCGAUGGUUACUCGAGCGAGGAGUGCCAGCUAGAACCUUGGCGCAGGCCUCGUUCCGAUCCACCCGCGUGCCCCCGCUGUUUCUAGCUGAACACGCAGCAAUCGUUCGAGAACUGCUACUGCACGGCGCUGACCCGCUUGUGAUCCCCGAUCAAGGAUUCAUGAACACCAUGACGCCCCUCCAAUUGGCUUACCUUCGAGGGAACUCAACCGUGACUCAAGAGCUCGAGCAAUGGGGGAGUGACGUCGCUCUCACGCCAUUCCACUUGGCAGCAUCACGCAACGACGUGGCUGCUGUACAGGAUUCCCAUGCCAUUCUGCUGAAUGUCAGUGGUCCGGACAAACCCAACUUUGUGUUCCUCUCGCACGGGGACAAACACAAGGCCUUCGUACGACAGCUCACGUCCAAAUUGUCAGCGCUGGGCAUCAAUUGCUACAGUGAUCGGAGCGUCGAGGGGCAGGAUUUCCACUCACGUAUUCAAGUUGCGCAGGAAACGAUAGUACAAUGCACGUGUUUCAUGGUGCCGGUGUCCAGACAGACUCUGAACAGUGAGUUGGUACGCGACCAACUGGCAUUUGCUGAGGAUAAAGGCCGGAUUAUCUUCCCUGUUGUGCUGAAUGAUUUGGACCCUGGGCUGGACAAGCGCUACUCGCUAGCGCGUAAUAAUCUGUUCCACUUCAUGGCGAAUGGCAUGAGUUUCCAUUCCAGUUUUGACAGUCUGGUCGCAUCGUUAAGCCCGUACUUUAAGCGAGGACAUGCACAUGAAUUCCACUGA